GUGUCUCUCCGCACAAGCUCGUGUCCCGCGCGCCGCGCCCCCGCGCCAGCAGCUCCGGUGGCCGCAGGACCAGCGGCGGCCCGGCGACCCUCGCCACAUCUCCGCGUCCGUCGCCGCCCGCCACGCGGCCUCUCGCAUCCCAUCAUGUCGGUGGCAGGGUUGAAGAAGCAGUUCCACAAAGCCACUCAGAAAGUGAGUGAGAAGGUUGGAGGAGCUGAAGGCACCAAGCUAGACGAUGACUUCAAGGAGAUGGAACGGAAAGUGGAUGUCACCAGCAGGGCUGUGAUGGAAAUAAUGACGAAAACAAUCGAAUAUCUUCAACCCAAUCCAGCUUCCAGAGCUAAGCUCAGCAUGAUCAACACCAUGUCAAAAAUCCGUGGCCAGGAGAAGGGGCCAGGCUAUCCUCAGGCCGAAGCACUGUUGGCAGAGGCCAUGCUCAAGUUCGGCAGGGAGCUGGGAGAUGAUUGCAACUUUGGUCCAGCUCUUGGUGAGGUAGGAGAAGCCAUGAGGGAGCUCUCGGAGGUGAAGGACUCCUUGGACAUGGAAGUAAAGCAGAAUUUCAUCGACCCCCUUCAGAAUCUUCAUGACAAGGAUCUGAGGGAGAUUCAGCAUCACCUGAAAAAGUUGGAAGGCAGGCGCCUCGACUUUGAUUAUAAGAAGAAACGACAAGGCAAGAUUCCAGACGAAGAACUUCGCCAAGCGCUGGAGAAAUUUGAUGAAUCUAAAGAAAUCGCCGAGUCGAGCAUGUUCAAUCUCUUGGAGAUGGAUAUUGAACAGGUGAGCCAGCUCUCUGCACUCGUGCAAGCCCAGCUGGAAUACCACAAACAAGCAGUACAGAUCCUGCAGCAAGUCACUGUCAGGCUGGAGGAAAGAAUAAGACAAGCUUCAUCUCAGCCAAGAAGGGAGUAUCAGCCAAAACCACGAAUGAGUCUAGAGUUUGCCACUGGAGACAGUACUCAGCCCAACGGGGGUCUCUCCCACACAGGCACACCCAAACCUGGAGGUGCCCAGAUGGAUCAGCCCUGCUGCCGUGCCCUGUAUGACUUUGAACCUGAAAAUGAAGGGGAACUGGGUUUUAAAGAGGGUGAUAUCAUCACACUCACUAAUCAAAUUGAUGAGAACUGGUAUGAGGGGAUGCUUCAUGGCCAGUCUGGCUUUUUCCCCAUCAACUAUGUAGAAAUUCUGGUUGCUCUGCCCCAUUAGGAUCUCCUGCUGGCUGGCUCACCUCCUUCUGACCCAGAUAGUUAAGUUUAACCACUGCUUUGGUAAUGCUGCUUCCAACACAUCAUGAAUGCAGGCCGCAGUGGAUGAGUCAUCAAGCCCACACAUGUCCCAGGUUGACCUGUGUGCUCCUACAGUUCACCCGGUGAUAGACGGUAUCUUCCAAGGCCCGUUGGCCUGGUACAUGCUUUAAAACACCAUCUGAGAUUAGCCAGUGGUCACAGAACUGCUCUUCACACAGUUCUCAGGAGGGUGUGGUUUCUGAUAAUAUACCUGUGAGCCACAUCACAGAAAAACUCUCCUCACAGAAGAUAUUGUCUCUCACCCAGGGGCCAUCAUCUCAAGGUCUCAAAUUCUCCACUUACAGAAAGUACUUUCUAUUGCACUUUCCCUUCCUAAAUAUGUGAGUCACAGAAUUGUUGGCGAAACAUCCCCCACCAGCAAAUUGUCUGCUGGCGUAAACAACUUGGGCUUUUGAUGUCAUCAGCAGAAGUAUUAAUUUUCUAAAGCACUUUUGUUCUCAUCUAUCUAUCUGUCUAUCUAUCUAUAUCUGUCUGUCUAUAUCUAUCUAUCUCUCCAUCUAUCACAUCUAUCUUCUAUCUACCACCUAUCUAUCUAUCUAUCUAUCUAUCAUCUGUCUAUCUAUCAUCUAUCUCUUACUUAUAAGACAUGCCAGUUUUCUUCCCUCCCUGCUGUUAAAGCAUUUGGAUGGGGGGUUCCCAUUUAUUUCUGAGUGAGUUGGUGAGCAUUCUGUAUAUUGUCUGAAAAAAUGAAAAUUCUCCAGGAUGAAUUGGGAAGACUCUGGUCUCCAAGCUCAGAUUCCUUGCUGUACAGAAGCUGUGUAUAUAUGUGUAGCCCAUUUAUGAAGGACACAGGAAGGGGGAACAGCUGUCUUCCCUUCUCUGUUUAUUUACCCAGGAAUCAGUCCAUUUCCUGAGUCCCUUUGCCACAAAACCAUAGGAGAGAUACACUAGUAAGCAUUUCCCACAUCUCCAUAGAACAAGACAUAGUGACCGUUGCUCCUUCCCACUUUUAUCUUGUUUGUGUUCCUUGAACAUCAUUUGUGUAUAUUCUGCCCUCAAUGAGGACCAAAUAAAGAUGAUUUUUGUGCUUAGCAGUUUAAGUAUGUGGCUGCAUAUAAAAACCCUUUCCCGCUUUCGUCACUACUUUAACCCAUCUGUCACAGCGUCAUUUUGUGUGUAUAGUGCUGUGCAAGCUGAUCAGUGUUGAUAUCUUUUGGUUCUUUGUUUCUUAUUUCUUCCCCUUCAGUCAUGGAAGACCUGUUAGGCACCCAGAGUUCUAUUUAUAUAGCUGUACAGGCUAUUUCAGAGGUUUUAAUGUGCUGCUUCCGAUAUGCCACUUGCAGUCGUGGAUCACGUGGAGUGAAAGGCAAAUCUUCCUGCUUAAUGUAUAAACUCACCAUGGGAAGCAUUGCUGUUUCCAAUAAAUAUUGCUGAAGAUAAAA